CCAGAGUUGAAAUAUCACUAUCCUUUACUUUAAUAAAAUGGUUUCAACAUAGACCAAUGAAAGCUCCAAAAUUCUAUGUAUCUCAUUGCAAUUCACUGCAAUACCUUUAGUUCUAGAUUGUCUAAUCCUGUCUGAACAUCCUUUCAUAAACUUACUCCACCCUGCAUUUCUGUAACAUCAACAACAUGCUUCCAAAUUGUUUUCCUUUCUUCUUCUUUCUUUUUGCCUUGAUCAGAGUUCCGAAGAUUUUAUCCGUUGACGAUCCGCGGUACUCGACCUGCAGGGAAACGCUAACAUGCGGAAGCGUAUCAAGUAUCGGUUACCCUUUCUGGGGAAUGAACCGUCCGAGUUACUGUGGCCAACCAGGAUUUGAACUGACGUGCAAGAAUGAUGUAGCGGAAAUCAUGAUGAAUGAAAACACCUUACGAGUUCUUGACAUAGACCCUGAACUGCAGAUUCUUAAGGUAGCUAGGGAGGAUUACUGGAAUGGUUAUUGUCCCACGAAAUUUAUCAACACCUCAAUCGACUUCGACCACUUCAAUUACGGCUCAAACCUUAGGAACCUCACCCUAUUCUACGGAUGCUACCAGCUGGCAACCUCGACAGAUCUUCCUAACUGCACCAUAAAUAGUACACUUAUUGAUGUGUCAUAUGCUGUUAGAAACAUGUUGGGUGAUCCUCGCUAUGGCAUAUGCCGUGAAAUUGUCGUAGUUCCGGUUUAUGAAGCUGCAGCAAAGGACCUGGAGGUGAAACCUAUGAGUAUGCAGGCAGCUUUAAGAGGAGGUUUCGAAUUGCAAUGGGGACCGGAUAAUGAUCAGUGCAGAAGAUGCAGAGAUUCAGAUGGGAUUUGUGGAUAUAAUCAAACUUCAAAUAGUUUCACUUGCUUUUGCAGCGAUAAACCUGGUGAAACCACAUGUUUUCCAACAACUGAAGGUACGUUAUAGCUCUUCUUCCGUAUAAGUUUG